AAGAAGAAGGGUGAGAACCGCCAGACGGCGUAGUAGAGCGAAUUCACGAUCCGCGGUCAGGAAGACUCAUCUUUACUUUCAAUGGAUAUUAUAAGGGGAAACUUGGAUAAAAUUUCACGUCCAGCAUCAAAUUCAAGAAUUCAUCAUGAGAGUAAAAUUUCAAGUACUUCUUUGGAAGUCUUGACACCAGAACCAGUGACGCUUAAGGUGGAUACUUCAAUCAACUUGAAUAGUAGUAGCCAGCAGAGCAAUAGAGAAAAUUGCAAUUCAAGGGAAAGUAGCAGCAAUAGUAAUGGUGGGAAGAAAAAUUCUUCUCAGGAUGAAAAAAACUCUCAAGAUUAUUGUAGUGAGGUUGACUGCAGUUUACGUGAACAGACCAAGUCUUCUUGCACUAAUUAUUCAGACCAUAAUGCCAGUCUGAAUUCUUCAAGAGAAGAUAAUGAAGUUGAUUAUUUCAAUCUAUAUGAUAUGCCUCAGGAGAUGUCAGGCCAAGUGAAAGAAGGAGUUUCCAGAAUAAAAGAAUCAGAUCUUCAACUUCAGGAAGCUGUUGAAAAGAUGAAGAGACUUGAUAAAGUAUUAGUGGAAAAACAAUUUAAAGAAAGAGAAAUUAAAAAACAAGGCCAAGAAAUGAGAAUAAAGAUGUGGGAAGAACUUCAGACUAAUCCUAAUUUUGAUGCUAUACAGAAUAAUGAGGAGAUAGAAAAUACCAAAAAAUUUUUGUCUCUGGCAUCUUCUUCAGAAGGGACAACUGAUUUUCGUCACCUGGAACAAGAGGAACCCUGUGUUUCUGUGUUUCACACGCAAAUUCCUCCUGAAGAGUAUGAAAACUGUGUUGAACAAGCCAGAAGAGAGUCUGUGUAUCACAGUGAAAGUAAUAAGUCAUUGAUCAAAGCAGAAAAGAAGCUGCAAAGAGAAAACAGUGGUGAAUUCAAGACUAAAAAAAAUCAGGAUUUCAUUAAGAGAAAUAUAGAGCUGGCCAAGGACUCAAAAAAUAUGGUCAUUAUGAUGGAUAAAGAAAAACAAAGACUGAAUGAAUUAUUAAGUGAUAUAGACAAAGGAAAAGAUCUAUCUCCAAGAACUGAGAGUUAUGAGUCGGCCUGGCCCUUGUUAGAAAGAAGUUAUCUGUCUACAGCGCAUAUGGAACGCAAGCAGCUAGCUCAAAUAGAUUCCAAACUGCAAGACCGAUUCUCUUUUACUUCCUCAUGGAUAUCCAAUGGUUAUUUAGGAAUGGACAAUCAUAUUGGUCAGGAAACUGAUCCUAAUGAUAAGAAACGUGCAAAAAUGAAUCCAGGGGAUAAGAUACUUAGAAACAACAGAGAUUACCGGUAUGAAAAAAAUCGACUAAAAGAGAUAGAUCAACAACUGAAGGAGCUGGAGAAAGACAUUAUGAAAACAAGAGUUCUUUCCGAAGAACAUCUGAAGACUCUUCUAGAGAAAUGCAUUUUGGAACAAAGUUCAGACAAAGAUAGCAGAGAUGGUAAUGAAAUACGACCUGAAUCCAUCCAGCCUUCAAGUUCCUUUUUCCUUCGCUUGCGAAGUGAGUCACCAGCUGUCAGCAGAACUGAGGGUGAGAAUGAAGAUGUCCUUGAAAUCAGAGAAUGUGAGUCCCCUGGCUAUUAUCUUACCAAAGCAUUGGAUGGUCGAGAGCACAUACCGGAAUUUUGGAUCAUUGAGACAGAGGAAGAUGAGAGCCCUAGGCCUUCAGGGGAUAUAAUCACUAGUGAUGGAGAAGGUUACUUUAUGUCAAAAGCCCUUGGCGUCGGCAGGCUGAAGAGGCCUUCUUUCCUGGAUGAUCCUUUAUACUGUAUUAGUGUGGACAGUGGCCCAUCACGUGAAGAUGAAUGUCUGAAGUUGAUUGAUUGUUCCACUGAAAGUCUGCCUGGGACUGGGGAUGAUGAUACAAAGACAAAAGCAAAAGUCAUCCUUGUCUUCAAGGAAUUUACAUCUUAUAAAGAGGGAAAACAGAUACAAGGACUCCAGAGACCCCAGCCGAAGAGCCUGAAAGUCAAUUAA